AGUAUUUGGCAGCGCCGUGCAGUAGCGUUUACAAUUAUUAAUUUUCGAAGCGGGCAUUUUUGUUUGAAAUAACCUGUUCGUCGGUCGCCAGACGCGCUGCCGGCUUAGCUUUCGUGAGCUUUCGUAUUAUUGUCCCUUGUGCGUGUGGAAGGACGCGGACGCGGUUGCUAUGUCGAGGUAGGGCGAGCGAGGUUAGGUUAAAUCAGAGUUCAAAUUGAUGCGAUUCUAUUGGCGUCCCGAGUUUUUGAGUGCAAUGUGAUCACAUAAUGGCGGGUAAGCUACUACGGUGGAAAUCAGUGAAUGACCCGUCCGGUCCGCAGCCGAGACCUCGACAUGGACAUCGCGCCGUUGCUAUCAAAGAUCUUAUGGUAGUUUUCGGGGGCGGUAAUGAGGGCAUAGUCGAAGAACUUCACGUUUACAACACAGCUACUAAUCAAUGGUUCGUUCCGAUUAUGAAGGGGGAUAUACCCCCUGGAUGUGCAGCUUACGGAUUUGUCGUCGACGGCACACGUUUAUUAAUCUUUGGUGGAAUGGUUGAGUAUGGAAAAUAUAGCAGUGAACUUUAUGAACUACAGGCUUCCAGGUGGGAAUGGAAAAAAUUAAAACCACGUCCACCAAAACUCGGUACAGCACCGUGUGCUCGACUUGGUCACAGUUUUACCCUUGUAAAUGAUAAAGUGUACUUGUUUGGGGGAUUAGCAAACGAAAGCGAAGACCCAAAAAAUAAUAUACCCCGUUAUUUAAAUGAUUUAUACGCGUUGGAUAUUCGUACAAAUCCUGUACAAUGGGAAGUGCCCCCGACGGUUGGUCCAGCGCCUCCACCUAGGGAGUCGCACACCGGUGUCUCGUACAUCGAUAAGGAACGAUCUCGAUCUUUCUUGGUUAUUUACGGUGGAAUGAGCGGUUAUCGUUUGGGGGAUUUAUGGUUUUUGAACGCGGAUACGCUCACUUGGAGUAAACCGACCGUUUCGGGGCAUACCCCUCUACCUAGAUCGCUGCACACAUCCACGCUAAUUGGAAACAGAAUGUUUGUGUUUGGUGGUUGGGUCCCAGUUACUACAGAGGACACCAAAACGCCGCAAAAUGAGAAAGAAUGGAAAUGCACCGGUACCAUGGCUUGCCUUAACCUGGAAACGAUGAACUGGGAUGAUCUCUUAAUUGGUACUUUUGAUGUAAACCUUCCGUGCGCGAGAGCUGGGCAUUGCGCUGUUGGCAUUAAUAAUCGUCUUUACGUUUGGUCGGGAAGAGACGGGUAUCGAAAAACAUGGAACAAUCAAGUUUGUUGCAAAGAUUUGUGGUAUUUAGAAGUUGAUAAACCGCCCGCUCCCGGAAAAGUUGCUUUAUUAAAAGCCGCAACUAGUUCAUUAGAGGUAAACUGGACCGGCGCGCCACAAACGCAAGUAUACAUUUUGCAAAUACAAAAGUAUGAUUUACCACCGCAACCGAUGGUACCGCCCAAUCCAAAACCACUUAUGCCACCAGCUCCAAAACCGCUCGUAACCGCUUCUGCCAAGCAAGGCGUACAAACCGCCACAAGACCAAUAUUAACAGCUCAACGAACCCAAACCACCGCCAACGUUGCAAAAACACACAUUACCAACGUACAGCCAGCAGCAGCUGCUGUUGCUUCGCCAAAAGUAGCGUCGUUAGAUAUCUUAUCGAGAGUGGCAAGACAAGCUGCCACAAAAGCAGCGGUCACCACAAACGCUUCCGUUAUAUUACCAGUAGCCACAGCGGCCGCUGAUGGAACUGCACAGGUUAAAACCGCACAGAGUAGCAUGUCUGGUAUUCAAGCUUUGGCAGCAGCCGCCGCUGCCACACAAAAAAUAACCGUCGCUGCUGGACCAGGACAAAUUAAAAUCGCUUCACCAGGUGUUAAAAUUCAACAAGCAGGUGGAACAAUAAUUCGUCAAGCAACACCACAACAAACAGCAGGUAAACAAGUAAUCCUUCAAAAAGGAACUGGGUUACUUCAAAAAGGUGGCGUCCAACCGCAAAUAGUCACGCUGGUUAAAACCAGCACGGGAAUGACCGUCGCCGCUUUGCCAAAAGGUUCUAAAGCGCUACCAAACACUGUAUUACAAACGACAACCGGAAAUAAUACCAUCGUUAAAUUAGUACAACCCAACACCAAUAAAGUUUUAACCGCCGUUAAAACAAUUCCAUCAAAUAUGAUCAAAGUGAACAAACCAGGAAAUCAAAUAGUACUUUCAAAAGGCGCCACCGGUCAAAUACCUACCAUAGGCAACCAACAAGUCAUCGUUGUAAGUUCAAAUGCCGCCAUAAGAAACAUUCAAACGGUCACCAAUGCGCAAGCUGUUAACGUUGCCCAAACAAAAACUUCCACGGUUAAUGUUCAACCAAUUACUAAAGGAGGUACUGUUACAAAUUUACAAAAUGUUAAAAUUGGUGGAAAACCCAUUAUUAUGCCAAUGGGUGUUGUUGGUACACAAAAAACAGUUACGAAACAGGUAAUGAUUGGUGGAAAACCUGUAACGGUACAAGUAUCAGGAACUGGAAAUAAAGCAUUAUAUGUUCAACCACCACAAGGAAAAAUUUUACGUAUUCCAGCAUCAUCAGCAUUAACAGCAAAUGUAAAUACAGGAAACGACCAACAGCCAAAAUUAAUGGUGGUUUCUCGUCCAAAACAAAAACCCGUUCAACAACCAUCCGCAACAUUGGCUUCAACAUCAUUUGAUGGACCAGCAACAACAGAUGCAGCUUUGGCUGCUUUAGCGGCUGAAGCUGGUUUGAUUGAUCCGGAACCAGACAAAGAUUUAUCAUCUUUAGACUCGUCACAAGCUGAAGAUGAUAAAUCGCUUGAUGUGUCUUUGGAGGAGUCUGAUAAAAGUCAAUCCGAUAUUGCGAUGGAUAGCGAUGUCGUUGGAGCAACAGCGACAGCAGUAGGUUUAUUUGGGGGAACACCGCGUUAUAUUAAGCCUGGUUUAAGAGGAGGGUGCAGUUUAAAAGGAUCAAAUUAUUUUUUAUAUAGAGGUGGCCUCAGAGGAGUUAAUGAAACAACUAUUACCUCCAAUGAGGCCACUGGCCAAAUGUCAAAAAAACCAUUAGACUAUAAGACUGAGAAGACGGGACGAAUUGUACAUAAAAAAGUACACAAAGAUGUGAAGAUAGAUGCAGAUUUUGUGGAUCGUGGUGAGCAAAGAAUUUUAAUGAAAACCAACAAAAACGACGAUUUUGUUGCCUUCAAUGAAUAUUCGCUGACGACACGACCUACUUUCUCUAUAUCUUUCGUUAACUUGGAGCUUUUUCCUUUAGCUGCUUAUUUUAACAGCUAUUUUGACGAAAUUUCUUCAAUUUUUACUGAAGACUUUUUCAAUACCUAUUGUACUGUUCGAAAUACAUCGAUUCUCGACGAAAAUGUGCUCAGAUUUCAAUAUCUUAUUCAACAUAUUUAUGGUUAUGGACCUGCUGUACAAGUUAGGUGGACAAAAGAUUGUAAAUGCCCGACAUACCCAUCAUUAUUAAUAUCAUCGAAACACGUCGCAACCGGAAGCAAAGGGACAGCUGUAAAGAAACAAAUGAUUACGGAUAUAUAGAUAUAUGUUAUGAGAGUGCGUUAGUAGUGUGGUUGUUGUAAAUUUAGAGGAAAAAAAUGGGAAGAAAACGUUAAAGAAUGACGCUGAGAGAGAAAGAAAGAGAAAAGGGUAGGAAAAAAAAUAACGAGAAAUAAUUUUCUACAAGAUAUUGCGAUUUUUUUCGUAGCUAUUAUAAAAGAUUUUGAAAAAAAAAAAGAAAAAACUAGUUAGAAUGGAAAAUUUAGGGGUUUUCCCUAUUGUUAACUUGUUCUCACUUUUUUGAAACUUUAUUUAUUAACUAUGCCUAUUAUUACUUGGUGUUAAAAAAUUUGAACAGCUGUUUUUUUCUUUUAUAUUGAUAACUAUUUAAAUGUAUUAAUUACUUUUUUGUACAUCUUCAUUGACUUCUGUAUUUUACAAAAAACUAACAAUUUAGAAUUUCAUCCAGAAAAAGAACGAAAAAAUAUAUAUAUUUUAUUUUGUAAAGUAUGAUAGCUUUACAUGUAUCUUUUAGAACGUUAUGUAAGUUUGGAUAAGGUAUGAAUGUGUUAUGUAAUAUUUCCCUAUUUUGUAAUAUGAGUUGCUUUUCUUUUUUGACACUUAUUCAAUUAAUUUUGUUUCGCUCGCGUCUACGAUGAUUAACGUUUCAGUUUAGGUGCUUAAGAAAUUGUUAAAUAAAUAGAAUUAGUACAAAAAAAAUUAUAAGAAAAUGAAAAAAACUAUCAAGUAUUUACUGAGGAGGUGCGCGAAGACGUGCUUAAUCAGGAUACGAUAAAAAACUGAAUGAAUUUUUUAAUGACUCCCAUUUUUGCACCUAUAUUAGUUUCGGCCGUGUAUGUAAUUAAAUUCAGUACACUUACCGUAUAAAUAUGUAUUGUUAAAAGAAUUUAGUAAAAAAAAAAACUGAAAGAAAGAAUUAUGAUUUAUUAUACUUUCAUAAAAUUUGUUUUUACAAGAUUAUAUAUUUAUUUAUUAACAACAUGUUCAUCAAAUUUUCAAGAUAAUGUUGUAGAUUUAGUGUGACCAUUGUAUGUACUUUUGUUUUUUUACAUAGAUAUAUUAGAAAAAACAAGUUGAUUUGCAAUAUCGUAAAUUUUAAUUUUAAAAUAAUGCUUACUACCUUCACGUAUUCCUUAAAAAGAAAAAUAAAAAUAAAAAAGAAACAGCAGCAAAUCCGGAAUACAAGUGUACUAGAAAAAUAUUUGGUCAUGGUUGUUUUCGAUGUGCGAUAUAAACUGUAACUUAAUGUAAUUUCUUCUUUUUUCUUUUUGGCAAAACGUUCUUUUUUUCCUUUAUAAAUGUGAAUCAAAUGUAACUACGAUGUAACCGUAAAUAAGUAAAUAUUGUAAUUAUUAUUAUUUUUUUUUGAAAUAGUGGUAAUGAGAAGCUAUCGAAUUGGACCUUAAGUCUUAAUUAACUGACAACCGAAGAUGUUUUUUCUACUAUUCGUUCAAACGUUUUUUCGAAAUAUUACAUAAUCUAAAUAAAAUUGUAACAGAAAAGUUUUA